AUGGUCGUGACAGAUGUGCUCAAGCGUUGGCAGCAAAUUAAAGGCAAAGAAGCUUACAUGUGUACGGGAACGGAUGAGCACGGAAUGAAGAUUCAGAGAGCUGCCACCAAGAAUGGAAUGGAACCAAAAGAGUUUUGUGAUGUCAACUCAAGCAAAUUUCGAGAACUGGUGGCUGCGGCAAACAUCUCAAACGACUUCUUCAUCCGGACGACUGACCAGGAACACAAGGACGCAGUAUCUCAGUUCUGGCUGCAUCUGAAACAUGCGACGCCUGAAAGCUUGGGGCUGUAUAAAGGUUCUCAUGAAGGAUGGUAUUGCGUGAGCGACGAGUGCUUCUAUCCCGAGGACUUGGUACGACCCAGCAUUGCGCCCCAAACCGGAAAGAAGAUCAUGGUGAGCACUGAGACGGAUAACGAGGUGGAAUGGAUCAAGGAGGAAACUUGGUUUUUCCCCUUGACCAAAUACAAAGACGCCUUAUUGAAGCUAUAUGAUGAGAACCCUGACUGGAUCAAGCCAGCCCAUCGAAUGGCAGAAGCGAGAGACUGGAUAGAAAACCAUCUUGAGGAUUUAUCCGUUACCAGGCCCGCCUCCAGGCUUAACUGGGGUAUACCAGACCCCGAGGAUAAGAGCCAGACCAUCUAUGUCUGGGUCGAUGCUCUUAUCAACUACAUUACCAAGGCCGGGUACGGAAGCAAGUGGCACUCGGCAAAGGAAGACAUGGGGCUCUGGCCGGCCGACCUCCAGGUUAUUGGAAAAGAUAUUCUGCGUUUCCACACCAUCUACUGGCCUGCCUUGCUCCUUGCUCUGGGCCUGCCUAUUUCAAAAGGGUUCCUUUGCCACAAUCACUGGACCAUGUCUAACCGCAAGAUGUCAAAGUCAUUGGGCAACGUUGUCAACCCCAUCUUCGCCAUCCAACGAUGGGGCAUUGAUCCCCUACGAUACUUCCUCAUGAGAAACGCUAGUCUCCACAAGGAUAUGAGCUAUUCUAACCAGCUGAUUGGCACCAUCUACGUUAAAGAGCUGCAGGCAAACAUUGGCAACCUCUUUUACAGAAUCGCGAAGCCAAAAGCAUCCGUCAGAUGGUCGACUCUCGAAGCUGUGACCGCCUAUCGCAACGGAGAAUUGAAUAUCUGGGCUGAAAAACAUAGCCCGAGUGAUGCCGAUGCGACUUACUUCAGCUUGGAAGGCCACUUGGCCGAAAAGCCUGUGGCUUUCGCCAAAGAAAUGGAUGACUAUGACACGAGCGGCGCAAUUCGCGAGAUUUUCGAAUUGCUGAGAGAGACAAAUCGCUACGUUACAGAUACCAAGCCCUGGGAUCUAGUCAAACUUCAAGAUGCAGAGUCUCGGGUGCUGCUCAACUGGGUCAUCUUUAACAGCGCAGAAGCAUUGCGUAUUGCCGGCAUCCUGCUUCAGCCCAUCAUGCCCACUAAGGCCUCAGAAUUGUUGGAUGCUUUAGGAGUUCGGUCUGAUAGGCGCACCAUUGAGUUUGCCGCCAAGGGGAAGGAUGCUGAUUACGGUACCGAGUCCAAACCAGUAGAGCCAGGACCUCGAAUGAGCAAAUGGGACACUAUUUUCCCACCAACGCCUAGCGCAGACCUCUCAGAUGACGAGCUGGUAGAGCACUUGAGGGUGGCAUUGCUGGAUAAGACUAGAAAUAAGAUGAACCAGAUGGCUGAACUGCUGGCCAUGGAGGCGCGGAUGGCGGUUUCAACAAACAGAGCCUUGCUGGUGCCAUAUGAAGCCCACCAUGUGCUCACUUAUCACGACUGGAUGAAAGACCCGGCCAUACAAGAAGCAACUGCAUCAGAGCCCAUGACCUUGGAAGAAGAAUAUGAAAACCAACAAUCAUGGCGGACGUCUCAUGAUAAGCUGACCUUUAUUGUAUGCGAGCCAUUGAGCGGGGAGCGAAGCAAUGAGAAUGGUGAAUCACAAAAAAUCACAGCUCAAGUCGACGAUUCACCCGAUAAAAUGAGAGGAGACAUCAAUUUUUUCCUAUAUCUAGAUGACGAGGACGAUGACGAGGCUGCUGGACCGCGGGAGAGCAGCACGAUACGCUUGACCGGCGAAGUAGACGUCAUGAUAGCGAAUACACAGCACCGCGGGAAAGGUGUGGGAGAAGCCGCAGUGCGUUCGAUAUUGACGUACAUACGGAAACACUUGCCAGAAAUACUGAAAGAAUACGCACAAGGCGAGAAGCUGGACGUGGAGAAGAUACAGCUGGUUGGAUUGAUGGCCAAGAUUAAGCAGGAGAAUGUUGGAAGCAGGGGCCUGUUUAAGAAGCUGGGAUUCAGGCAAGAGGGAGAGGCGAAUUACUUUGGGGAGGUGAAGAUGGUGAUGGAUUGGAUUCGCUUUGUGUGA